ACAUUGCAUUUGGGUUUCUCUCAUGUGUAUUGUAACAUACCCAAACCUCUCUCCUCUCCUAAUAAAAACCACCCCUUUUCCCUUUGUCACCAUCUUUCAUUUUUCUUUCUCAGUUUUUCCUUUUUACUUUCUUCCUUCCUUUUUGCCCUAUCUGAUAGGGUUUUCCAUGUACUUGUAGCUCCAAUCUUUCUCAUGCAUUCCUGUUUUCAACCUACAAUACUUGAAGUUUCGACUUUCUUCUUUAUUGGGUCUCUCUCUCUUGCUCUCCUUGGAGGGUUUUUGUGCGGGGAUCAGUUCGGAUUUUACUUUCCUGGGUUUUUUCAGCUGUUCUCAUGUCAAAGAUAUUUUCUUUUAGUGGAACUGGUAAUUUUUUCACUGGGGGAGCAAUUUACUCAAACCCCAAGGAGUCAAAUCUCUUUUUCUCUUUUGGACAUCAUGUGGACGAGUAUUUUCCUCAUCAAAAGAGGCCCCGCAUCAGUGCCCCCAUUGUUUUCUCUGGAGAAAGGUUCGAGCAGAAGAAACCAUCGAUUGAGAUUCUCCCUGAUGAAUGCUUAUUUGAAAUCUUCAGACGAUUACCUGGAGGCCGAGAGAGGAGUUCCUGCGCCUGUGUUUCCAAGCGUUGGCUUACACUUGUAAGCAACAUCCACAGAGAUGAAAUCAAUGACAACAAGUGUGGAGUUGUGUCUGAGGUUGAAGAUGAAGAUGUUGAGGGUGAUGGAUACCUCUGCAUGAGUUUGGAAGGGAAGAAAGCAACAGAUGUUAGACUUGCUGCUAUUGCUAUUGGAACUUCUAGUCGUGGUGGAUUGGGCAAGCUUUUUAUUCGAGGAAGCAAUUCCACAUGUGGUGUGACUAGCAUUGGACUAAGGGCCAUUUCCCGUGGAUGCCCUUCUCUAAGGGUUCUUUCAUUGUGGAAUUUGUCUUCUGUUGGAGAUGAAGGCCUGUUUGAGAUUGCUGAUGGAUGUCACCAGCUAGAGAAGAUUGACCUUUGCCACUGUCCUGCAAUUACUGACAAGUCUUUACUCGCCCUUGCAAAGGGCUGCCCUACUUUGAAGGAUCUGACCAUUGAAGGUUGUGCAAACGUUGAAAAUGAAGGUCUCCAAGCUGUAGCACGCAGCUGCCCAAAUCUAAAGUCCAUUUCAAUCAAAAACUGCCCCCUUGUUGGAGAUCAGGGAAUUGCAAGCAUGUUGUCUUCAGCCUCAUGUACCCUCACAAAAGUAAAGCUCCAGGCCUUGAACAUUAGUGAUGUCUCUCUAGCUGUUAUUGGACACUAUGGCAAAGCAGUAACUGAUCUUUCUCUCACUAGCCUUCCAAAUGUGAGUGAAAAGGGCUUCUGGGUAAUGGGUAAUGGUCAAGGGCUACAGAAGUUGAAGUGUUUUGCAGUUACAUCCUGCCGUGGUGUAACAGAUUUGGGACUUGAGGCUGUUGCUAAGGGUUGCCCAAAUUUGAAACAGUUAUGCCUCCAAAAAUGUGCUUUCGUAUCUGAUAAUGGGUUGGUGUCUUUCGCCAAAACAGCUUGUUCACUAGAGAGUUUCCUACUGGAGGAGUGCCACAGGAUCACCCAAUUUGGGCUUUUUGGUUUUCUCCUCAACUGUGGUGCAAAGUUGAAGGCGCUAUCACUUGUGAACUGCUUGGGUAUCAAGGACCUAAACCUGGGAUUUCCUCCUGUAUCCCCUUGCAAAUAUCUUCGAUCACUUUCUAUCCGUAGCUGCCCUGGUUUUGGUGAUUCCAGCUUGGUUGCAUUAGGGAAGCUUUGCCCUCAACUGCAGCAUGUGGAGUUGAGUGAGCUUCAUGGAAUAACAGAUGCUGGGUUUCUUCCACUGCUUGAGAGCUGUGAGGCUGGUUUGGUGAAGAUUAAUCUCAGCGGUUGUGUGAAUUUGAGUGACAAAGUUGUCUGUAUCAUGACUGAUUUGCAUGGUUGGACUCUAGAAAUGCUGAAUCUUGAUGGUUGUAAGAUCAGCGAUGCUAGUUUGGUUGCAAUUGCAGAUAACUGUCAAUUGCUCAAUGACCUUGAUGUCUCCAAGUGUGCUAUCACUGAUUCUGGAAUUGCGGCUCUGGCUCGUUCUAAUCAGAUCAAUCUGCAGAUCCUUUCUGUGUCUGGUUGCUCUAAGGUCUCUGACAAAAGCUUGCCUUCACUUGGAAAAUUGGGUGAGACCCUCUUGGGUUUAAACCUACAGCACUGCAAGGCAAUCAGCAGCAGUACAAUUGACCUACUUGUAGAGCAGCUAUGGAGGUGCGACAUCCUUUUCUGAACUAACAUAUAUAGCCCCCUCCACCGCUCUGCGUACUGCCGAGUAUCAAUUUAUCAAUUUAUCAACAAAACAAGGUUUGAUAAAUCAAGAAGCCUAUGAAUAUACCCUUUGUGAGUAGUCACAGUUUGUUUAAUUUUUGGGUCCAUCAGUCGUGGGUCUUAUAUCUUCCAGAGCAAAGUCCCAUUUUACAGGGAACACGGCCAUUCUGCCCCUUUUUUUUGCAGGUAUCCUUUUAUCGGAGACCUGUUACUAGAUAUUGAAUAUCCCGAUAACGGGUGUCGGUUUCUCAAUGGCCAGAUUUCCAUUACAACACAGUUGCUGGGUUCUGGAUUUUAGUAAUAUAGUUUGUUCAUUGUUGGUUUUAGCGAGUCUUCCUCGGUUUGAGACAUCGUAGUCAUGGUUGCUUUCGACAGUACAAAGGUAGGUGUCUAGCUCUAAAUGGGUUUUGGCCAUGGCAGCAAUGUAGAUAAUCUGCCAUGACAACUCUUGGGAGUUGUUUUUUUCUCCUCUUUCACCAAAACCCCACUUUUACUUGCUUGCUUCAUUUGCUUUUGAACUGCUGUAGUCUGCAACCUCUCAAACCAUGUAAUGAAAAGUUGAAUCCGCCGUUGGAGGUCGCCUAUGUUUCUGUUUCUGUUUCCACUAUGAUUAAUAAAAAAUGACAAACUUUGAUGUA